UCUUCCUCUCUCCACUCUUACUCUAUAAUGUCAACAGACAAGGUUCGUUCAACAAAACUCAAGUUCAAAGGGGAGAAGACGAAAAAGAAAAGAAGAAGAGAUUCCGACGAUGAAGAGGGAGUAAGUUCCAGUCGUCGGCGAAAAGAUCAAGACGACCAAGACCCUGAAACAUGGGUGGUACCUGAGGAUCCAGUGGAAAUUCGUGGUCCUACAUUUAUCAUACAUCCCUCAGACCCUUUCCCCAUAUCCGUCAAUUUUGAUUCUACAAGAAACCGCAUCAUUCUACACUCGCUCGAAAAGGACCAGGCGGAAGAAGGGGCUGAACCUCCAAACAUACUCGAGCGUACUCCUACUGACGUUUCUCAAGUUUGGGUGAUUACACGGGUCUCAGGGUCACCGACAAUUAACUUGCGAACUGGAACGGGAGACGGGAAGUUCCUUUCUUGUGACAAACAUGGCUUAGUAUCAGCAGAUAGGGAAGCUCGCGGGCCGCAAGAGGAAUGGACCCCAGUCAUUAUGCCUGAUGGCAUGAUUGCUUUCAUGAACGUCUACGAAAAGUACCUCAGCGUAGAUGAAGUUGCGGGCGGCUCGCUUCAGCUCCGUGGUGACUCAGAGGAAGUUGGUUUCGGUGAGCGGUUUUGGGUAAAAAUUCAGAGUAAAUACAAGAGGGAAGCCCAUGAGGAAAAGAAGAAAAAGGAGGGCAUGUCUGAUGUAGGAAAAGCGGAUGAAGCAGGGACCAAUCGGAUAUAUCAGGCCUGGGGUGCUGGGCGAUCGAUAGUGUCACAAAGUGAUAAGAAGGAGCUUAAGCGUGCUCGAAAGGAGGGACGCCUAGCUGAAGCUUUAUUAGAUCGUCGAGCUAAGCUGAAAAGCGAUCGAUUCUGCUGAUCCAACGUGAUGUCAGAAUAUCAGCGUCUUUCGUUCAGCCACCGUGUAAACUAUACAUGUGUACGAAUAGGAGAUAAUUUUGUGCCCUCGUGAUGUGGUGGUCUUCAUGCGCCCCUACAAAACGCGAUUUUUUUAAUAGGUUCCGUCAAUUGUCUUAUCAUGGACGGAAGAGAAGAAGAGAAGGCACUGGUUUACAAUAUAUAGCCGUAAAUGAUCCAUCGCGUCCUAUCAUUCAUCUUUACCAGUAUCGAUCAUGGCCACCUCCCAGCCUGUCCCCAGGCCGGUUGUCACCAUUAUUGGGACCGCCGAGCUGCGUAUCUGUAUGUCCAUGGGAGUGCAUGAAUUUUGUCAAUUCUGCACAUGUUUAAGGUACACUGCUGCUGAAUUUCUGGAUCUGGAUGCUUGUUAUGGUGACCAAGACGAAGAGCGGCGCCGUCUAUUCGAACAAAAGGUCACUUUCAAAAUGCCUAUCUUGAAAACCGACUAUGAAUCUGCGUGGCCCAUUGAAGUAUACAUGGCACAGUAUCUUAAGCGCAGGAUGUACACCUGUAAAGUGCGUCCGAGUGUUAAUGGUCGACCUGUAAGGAAAAUGGGUCCAAGGAGGGAUUUUGAAGUUGUUGGAGCGCCAAAGAAUGAAACCCGCAAAUCUGACUACUAUGUCCGUCAAGAAGAGCGAUUGGCCACUUUGUCCGGCUUCCCAAGACCCUCUGUCCCGACCGCGCAACCUUAUGUGUUAUUACCCAGUUUAUCGUCUGUUGUGAGGAGGUCGGGUAGGUCUCGCGCAAAUGUGAAUGCAUCCACGAGCACCGCCACGGGAGAAGGCGUUUCAGGACCAUCGUUACCCAGAAGUCCCCAAACAGAAAAGGGAUCAUCAGAUGUCAGAGAAUUUCUCCGUCACCUGAAACCCAACCUCGAGAGUUUUUGUGCCGAUUUCAUCGAGGCUGGGAUCGUUACUGCCUCGGAUGUCAAGGCACUUUUAUCAUGGCCUGAAGAGGACCGCAACAAAUUUUACAUGCAGGAGUUUGGACGAAAAAUGAGCUGUUUCCAGCUCGGUGCAUUGCAGAUUGGUUCUAUCAGACAUGCCCAUUCAGCUUAAGAGGGAUUAGGUCCAAAAACUCACCUCUUUUUGUUUUGACUUGAUUUUUGACUUGAUUUAUAUCAUCUUCCCUUGUCAGCUGCAACCCUCAAAGCCAUCGUCCUUGAAGCUGCUUGUCGGGGUAAAAUUGUUUAUCGAAGUAUGAUAAUGCGAGUAGAUA